CUCUCCCUCGCUGAUCGGAGACUCUCCGCCGAGCUCCGAUCGUCGCCGUCCGCUUCGGACUUUCAUCACAAAGUUUUACAGUUUGAGGCUGUAAAUUUCUGAGGGAAGCUUCUUGCUGAGGAGUGAGGACGACUUGAAGACUUGGAGCAGCAGAUGGAUAUAUGCUCAUCUUGAUCCACAUCUAAGAGGGAAGUUCAAUAAUUACAGGAUGAGGAAACACCGUUUCCGGGAUUCAAUGAAGUCCUUGUUUGGAAGUCACAUUGAUGCAGAAAAGGAUGAACAGCUCAAAGGGACUAAAAUAGAUAUGGAGGACAAAGUGCAGAGAAUACUAAAGCUUCUAAAAGAUGACAAUAUUGAAGAAAAAGAUUCCAACAUGGUGGACAUCUCCAAAAAGGAACCACUUGCAGAGCUAAUUCAGGAUUUCCACCAACAAUAUCAGUCCCUCUAUGCAGAAUAUGAUCAUCUAACAGGAGUGCUAAAGAAAAAAGUUCAUGGCAAGCAAGAUAAGGAUAGCAGUUCUUCAUCGAGCUCAGAGUCUGAUUCCGAAUAUCCUUCAAAUGACAAGAAAAGUAAAAAUGGACUAUUGGAAAGUGAUUAUCAGAAAAUAGCUGAUGUUAACCAAGAACUCGAAUCAGCACAUCUAGAAGUUGCUGACCUGAAGAGAAAAUUGACGGCCACAGUUGAAGAAAAGGAGGCUUUGAACUUGGAACAUGUGACAGCCUUAAGUAAGAUAGAAGAAACAGAGAAGAUUUCCAAAGAUUUGAAGACUGAUGCUGAACGAUUAGAUGCUGAAAAACUGAAACUUUUGGCAGAGAAUACGGAGCUAAAUCAAAAGCUCGAAACUGGCGAAAAAAAAGAAGCUGAAUUGAGUCGGCAAUUGGAAGAUAUGGAAAGAGAGAGAGAUAAUCUGAUGAAUGAGAAAGAGACUGGUCUGAGAAGGAUUGAAGAUGGAGAAAAGAGAUCGGCAGACCUGCAAAGUUUGGUUGAUCAGCUGAAAGAUGAAAAAGUAAUCCUCGAGCAACAACUAGAAUCUGUUAGAGUGGACAUCUCGAAUAUGAAGCAUGAGCUGGAAUCUUCAGAACAGCAAGCGUCAGAUUUAAGCAAAGCUAAGGAGGAAGAAACCUUGAAAGGUUUGAAGAUCUCAACUGAGAUUCAGCAGGCACAUAAUGUGAUACAAGAACUAUCAGAUGAAGCUACUCGUCUUAAGAAAAAGCUUGAUCAGAAGGAGCUGGACCUUGAAUCAGUGCAGGGUCAGAAAAGAGAUUUGGAAGUGAAGUUUGAGACCAUGGAAAAGACACUGGCAGAAAACAAUGCAGGUUUACAAGCUCAAAUUUCAGAACUUGUAUCAGUGUCUAAAGAGAGGGAAGCUGAUCUUUCUGCUCUCAAGAAGAAAUUAGAGGAGACCAAUAAUGAACAUUGUCAGGUACAGGAGCAAUUAGGUCAGAGGGAAAUAGAUUUUUCAACUCUGUCUGAGAGGCAUAAGCUGCACUAUGAUGAAACAUUGGCACAAAUAAAGGGAUUGGAGGAUAAAGUAACUGAGCUGGAAACGGCUCUUGAGUCCUUGCAAUGCGAGAAAAGAGAUAUGGUGGUGAAGUUUGAGAGCAAAGAAAAGCAUCUGGAAGAGGAGAAUGCAGGUUUGCAAGCUCAAAUUUCAGAACUCGAAUCAGUGUCUAAAGAGAAAGAAGCUGAACUUUCUGCUCUCACAAAGAAAUUUGAGGAGACCAAUAAUGAACAUAGUCAGGUACGGGAGCAACUAGGUCAGAGGGAAUUGGAGUAUUUAACUCUGUCUGAGAGGCAUAAGCUGCACCAGGACGACACAUUGGCGCAAAUAAAGGGAUUGGAGGAUAAAGUAACAGAGCUAGAAUCAGCCAUCGAGUCUAUGCAAGGCGAGAAAAGAGAUAUGGAAGAGAAGUUCGAGAGCAAAGAAAAGCAACUGGCACAGGAGAAUGCUGGUUUGCAGGCUCAAAUAUCCGAACUCGAAUCAAUAUCAAAAGAGAAAGAAGCUGAACUUUCUGCUCUCACGAAGAAAUUUGAGGAGACAAUAAAUGAACAUAGUCAGGUACAGGAGCACUUAGGUCAGAGGGAAUUGGAGUGUUUAACUCUUUCUGAGAGACAUAAGCUACAUCAGGACGAAACAUUGGCGCAAAUAAAGGGAUUGGAGGAUAAAGCAACAGAGCUGGUAUCGGAGCUCGAAUUUUUGCAAGGCGAAAAAAGAGAUAUGGAAGUGAAGUUUGCGAGCAAGGAAAAGGAAUUGGCAGAGGAGAAUGCAGAUUUACAAGCUCGAAUUUCCGACCUCGAAUCAAUGUCAACAGAGAGAGAAGAUGAACUUUCUGCUUUGACAAAGAAACAUCAGGAUAUCAGUGAUGAAUCAUCGUCCACUAUAGCAGAUUUGACAGCACAGGUCAACAAUCUGCUAGCAGACUUAAGCUCUGUGCGGCGUGAGCAAGUUGAAUUGGAGGAAAAUAUGGCACAUAAAGGUGAUGAAGCAUCCACUCAGAUUAAGGGCUUAAUGGAACAGGUAAGUAUAUUGCAGCAGCAAUUGGAGUCCCUACACAGCCAGAAAGCUGAGUUGCAAGCGCAUCUUGAGAAUAAAACUCAAGAAAUUUCAGAGUACGUGAUACAGGUACAAAUUCUGAAUGAAGAGAUAGCAAAAAAGACGACUGAUCAUCAGACGAUUCUGGAAGAGAAAGAGAAUUUGAUAGCAGACAUGAAAGAUCUUGAGCUAAAAAUGGAAUCCAUGCAGAACCAGAAGGAUGAACUGGAAGAGGAGAUGAGAAAGAAAAUCCUAGAGCAUGAUCAGUUGAAAGCAGAAAUGUUGGAGCUAAAGGAUCAGUCUUCUGUAUUUGAGAAGACAAUGGCACAGAGAGAGGUAGAUUUCUCAUCUCUCCAAGAAAAACAUGAAACUGGACAGAACGAAGCCGCUGCUCAAGUAGUGGCCCUUGUGGCACAGGUUAACGGUCUACAAGAAGAAUUGGAUUCGUUGCAAACCCAGAAGAACCAAAUCGAGUUGCAGUUUGAGAGGGAAAAACAAGAACUUUUAGAUAGCCUGACGCUGUUGGAAACUGAUAAGAUCGAGUUAACUAGCAAGACCGCUGAUCUUCAGAGACAGCUGAAUGAACAGGGGGAUUUAUACAGCAAGCUGAAUGAGGAACAUAAACAGCUUGAAGCAAAGUGUCAGGACCACAAGGUUAGCGUUGAAUCCAAAGAUCAAAUAAUAGCUGAUUUGGAACAGAUGUCUGAAGACCUAAAGAGAGACCUUGAAGAAAAAGGUGAUGAGCUUAGUUCUUUGGUAGAGAAAUCCCGCAAUACUGAAGUUAAGCUCCGCUUGUCAAACCAGAAGCUCCGGGUUACUGAGCAAGUGCUGGCUGAGAAGGAACAGAACUUUAGAAUUGCUGAGCUGAAAUUCCAAGAAGAACAAAAAGUGCUCGAAGACAGGAUUGCUGCAUUGUCUGGUAUAAUCACUGCAAACAAUGAAGCUUAUCAGAGAAACAUCAACUGUAUUUCAGACAACCUGAACAGUUCUUUGAUUGCAAUGGAAUCUGUGAUCAAGAAACUUGCCAAUGACUAUGUGAAGUAUGAGAAGUGUAUUGUUGAAACGUCGGUGCAGCUUCGUAUUGCAAAGAAAUGGGUUGCGGAAACAAAUGAUGAGAGAGAGAAGUUGAACAGGGAGGUGGGAGUCCUAAGCAAGCAACUGCAAGAUAAGAAACAUGAGGCAUUGGUCUUCAAAGAGAGAGCUGAGAAGUUGGAGACAGAGGCGAGCAAGGAACAAAUGGAGAAGGGGGAUCUGAUCAAAGCAGUGAAUCAGCUUGAGAAGAAGGUAGAGGAGUUGAAGCAAAAUGUUGAAGGGAAAGAUGAGGGCAUAUUGAGUCUGGGAGAGGAGAAGCGAGAAGCCAUAAGGCAGCUGUGCAUAUGGAUCGAGUAUCAUCAGAGUCGCUAUGAUCAUCUCAAGGAGGUGCAUUUGAAGAUGGCUCCAAGAGGCCAGAGGAGGGUCUAGCCAGUGAUUUGUUUCAUCAUUUGAUUGUAUAUUUUUUUCCGUCUUGCCUUGAUCUAGCAUUGUUCUUGUUGAUUCUUUCUAUUUUUGAGGCUAGUGUUGAUAGAACGUUAUAGUUUAAAGUUUGAAUGCAUAUGCUCAUAAGUUUGGUUGUAAAUUCUGCUUUUUUCUUGUCCAUUAUUGCAGACAUGUAUAAAAUGCAGAUCAAUCCCUCUUUUGAUUCUC